GGAGAGUCCUCGACACGAGCGAGCCAGAGAGCGAGUCCUCUGUUUCCCAUCCAGCAUCGAGCGAGCAGCACACCUUUGACAGCUUUACAGCAGAAUCAACAUGAGCGAGUCAGCAGAGGCUUUGGCUGCAACCAACACGAGCCGCAGGAACGUGAGCAUCGAGAUCACCAACCUCACCAACAGCUACUGCCUCAUCGACCCCAAGGUUUACCUGGACAGCGGCAACGUCCACAGCCCCCCCCAACCCACCGUGCGCCCGCUGAAAACCGAGGUGUGCAACUUCAGCAAGAGCGGCGCCAAGGCCUCGGGCGCCGUGGGCGUCCUGACCUACGACCUCUUCGAGAGGCGGAGCAACAGCGCCAGGGAGAAAGUGGCCAUCAUGUUCUCCGUGCCCUACGACUACAACGCGUACAAGAACUGGUUGGCGCUGGCCAUCUACCCGCAGGACAAGGAGUGCAACGAGGCGCUGUACAAGGAGAUGUACUACAACAAGGAGCCCAAGGGCUUCGUGAGGCAGGAGGCGCAGGGCUGCGGCCUCACCUUCGAGGGCCACAGCUUGGACAUCAAGGCCACCAUGUCCCCGUUGGGCCGCGCCAUGCUGAAGGUGGAGGUGUGGGACAAGCUCUUCACUCCCAUGGGGCAGCAGCACCUCUGAGCCGGUCGUUUGGCCUUCCUUUUGGUUUGUAGUGGGCGUUGUGAUUCUGUGCCACUUCAUGCAAUAAAUCCAGUGUGAUACGAAAAAGAAACGUGG